UUUAAAUGCAAAUCACCUCCGUUCUGCUUAGCUGCCACCCUCUCCCAACCUGGGGGGGAGCACGCCAGCCGGCGGAGGGAGCUUGCACCUUAGCGUCUGCAAACCCUAAACCCUAAAGCUUCAGGCCUGAGACCUGUCACCCAAUGGAUGACAAAAAGAAGAAACGGAGUCCCAAGCCCUGUCUAACCCAGCCAGCCCAGGCGCCAGGCACACUAAGAAGGGUCCCUGUGCCCACCAGCCAUAGCGGCUCCUUAGCCCUAGGACUCCCUCAUCUGCCAUCCCCGAAGCAGCGGGCCAAGUUCAAGAGAGUGGGCAAGGAGAAAUGCCGGCCUGUGCUGGCUGGAGGCGGAACCGGCUCGGCAGGCACCCCCCUGCAGCACUCUUUCCUGACAGAGGUGACUGACGUCUAUGAGAUGGAAGGGGGACUGCUGAACUUACUCAAUGAUUUCCAUUCCGGACGAUUGCAGGCCUUUGGGAAGGAAUGCUCCUUUGAACAACUGGAGCAUGUGCGAGAAAUGCAGGAGAAGCUGGCCCGGCUGCACUUCAGCCUGGAUGUGUGUGGUGAGGAAGAGGACGAUGAAGAAGAGGAUGGGGUCACCGAGGGCUUGCCUGAGGAGCAGAAGAAGACAAUGGCUGAUCGAAACCUGGACCAGCUGCUUAGCAAUCUGGAAGACCUUAGUAAUUCCAUACAGAAGCUGCACCUGGCCGAGAACGCCGAGCCCGAGGAGCAGUCCUCUGCGUAGUGUCGGACCCAGGCCCAGAGGCCUCCUUCGUGUUCCCUUUAAACUGUGACUUUUCACCAGCUCGGAGCUGAUUCCGCAGCCCCCCAGGUGCUAUGGAGGUGGGGGGCGCUGGAUGGAAAUUAAAGCAAAAAGAAAGCAAGCGGCUCUAUGUCCUCCUUU